CAUUCGUGACGGAAGAAGCAUUUCUUUAUCCAAGGUGAAACGUCUUAACCACAAAGUAGUGCGUUUUGUUCAUUUAAAAAAAUCAGCUUUCAGUCUGCGCGUUUGCUCGAAGCCGAGAGAAACCAGCGAAGAAGAAAACCCGGAAGUUAGCAACACGCAGUUUAUGAAUGUAAAAACAAAUUUUAAAAAAUGUGUAAAGUCAAAAUACUGAGAGCGUUGAUGGAGCAGCGACUAAACGCCGCUGUGGACGAAAUAUUUGGACUGUUUGAGAAAACCAUAGCAGAGUACGAGGAGGAACUUUCUAGAACGAAAGAGGAGAAAGAACGACAAGGAGAACAACUGGCUGCUUUUCUCAAACCCCCAGCUGUGCGACACCCAGCAGACAUCCAACAGGUGUCAGUGAAGAGGGAAGAUGAGCUUCCUGCUAGGGGCUCCAAUGUGGGGCAGAAAAGGCUGGAGCCCCCUCACAUUAAAGAGGAAGAAGAGGAACCUUGGGAGCAAUUUCAAGAGUUGGAGGAUGCGGAUGAUGAAGAUGAUCAGUCCUUCCAGUUUCGUCAAAGUGAGGAGAACAGCGGGGCGGAGCUUCCAACUCAACACAUCACGGAAGCUGAUGGAGAGAAUUGUGAAGAUAUAAACUCAGAUCCAGACAUGAAAUUUGCUCCACUGACCGACAUGGACGACAUGAUGUCAGACGCCUCUGAGAGCGAUCACAGUGAGGACAUCCAAAAACCUUUGGAGAAUAAUAAGAACUCUAAAGACGAUCUGAGAGAGAAUGCCCACAACAAACACUUUGACUGCUCUCAAUGUGGGAAAUCAUUAAAGAACCGGGACAGUCUGAGAAGACACAUGAUCACACACACCGGAGAGAAGCGUUUUGUUUGCGCCGUUUGUGCGAAAAGUUUCUACCUAAAGCACAACUUGAUAAUACACAUGAGAACACACACUGGGGAGAAACCUUUUUCUUGCUCAGUUUGCCAGAGCCGAUUCUCUACAAAGGACAACAUGAAAAGACACAUGAUGAAACACACAGGCGAGAAUUUCCUUCACUCCAAACACUUCGAAUGCUCCGAGUGUGGGAAAGUAUUCGGUCGAAGGGGAUAUUUGACUCGACACAUGAGAACGCACACCGGAGAGAAACCCUUCACUUGCACAGUCUGCGAUAAAAGGCUGUCCUCAAAGGUGUAUAUGAAAACACACAUGUUGAUCCACACAGUAGAUUUGCCUGCCAGUAUGUGCGGGAGCCAAAGUAUGGCCCCAGCCACCCGGAGAAUCCAACCCAAAACAGCAGGUGUGGUGACCAGGGAACAAGGGACCACCAUGCAGUCAGGCCGGCCAGCGACAGGACCCCCAAAACCUGGCCCACCAUGCCGCCUGGCAGGCCGUAGACAGACGCGCCGAGCAGAGGACAAGGCACGGGAGAAGCAGGGGACAACCAGUCCCCAAGCCAGCGAGAGACCACACCCCACACGGGCAGAAAGCCAGGAAAAAUGCGAUGUCUAAUGUGAACGCAAUCUGGCUCACAUGCAGACAUGUCGUUACAUGUUCCGCGGCGUUUACGGAAGUAAUCAUGGCUCCAAUUUUAGUACGUCAGUCCUUACAACCGUAUAUUUUGGCGAAGAAUUAUGACGCUUAUUGCUUUUUGAUGACGUGUUGGUCGGAUGAACGUGAUUCAAUCUACAAAUGUUGCCUGGGUCGGAUUUAAAAAAUUUGGAGUAGCAUUGUUCACAUCGACAUAAAAACCAAUCUGAGAGAGGUCACACAUGGGUAAAAAAAUCGGAAUAGACCUGCAGUGUGAACAAGACCUAUGUGAACCAGGUUUUCUUCAACAAACAUAAGUUUUUUCAUGCCUCCUCCUUCCUGGUAAACGUGAAGCAAAAUGUCAGAUGUCUGUUACUUUGUAACCAGUAGAUGUCAAAAUAAAAUUAAUUCCUGAAAAUGUAUGUCGGGAUAGGAUAGGGUCGGAUAGAUUUGAUCUGUCCCACAAUGGGGAAACUAUGGGGUUGCACUGCAGAUACGGUAAAGUCCACGAAAAAUAAGGUAUUAAAAACACAUGUAAAAAAGAAGGAAACAUCAAAGAACACAAAGAUAAAAUCAUUGAAAAAGCAGAGAGCUGAUGUAACCUGCUGCACUUCAGCAGAGACAUUUCUACAUACGGCUACAAAAGUAAAACACGACGAAAAAGCAAAAAAUUAUACAUAUAUUCACAUGCAAUAUAUAUAUACACACACACACAUAUAUAUAUAUAUAUAUAUACACACACACACAUAUAUAUAUGUACACACACACACACACACACACACAUAUAUACA